UGACAUAAAAACUUUGAAAACUCCGCCGGUCGGCGUUUGUUUUGAUUUGAUUUUACCUUUAAUUUAAUUUCCCGCUUUCGAAUAUACCCUGUAUUUUAGACUAUUAAUUAAAAAAAAAUGAGUCGGCGUAAGCGAACCAAGGUGGAAAAUCGUGAAGUGGAUGAAAAAUUAAAACAGGACGACUCAGAAUCGGAUCAGUCUGACAAAAGUAAAAUGAUGGCAGCGAGUCCCACACUAUUUAGCACGAGGCGGGAAUCGCUAUCCAGUAAGACAUCAGAUAGUAAAGAACCAAAGAAAGAAGAGAAAUCCGUAGUGUUUGAAGACUCUAAAAGUGAUGAUAUUGAAGAGAUUAAUUAUAAGGAAAUGCUAAAUAGCUUGGAAGGUGCAGCAUUUCAGUCUAGAUUGCCUUUUGACAAGAUGUCAUCUCUAGAAGCUGAAUGUUUCUCUGACCUCCAAGGUGCUUCAAGUCAUACUUUUAUUCAGAUGAGAAACAGAAUUCUGAAACUGUGGUUUGAAAACCCCAAGAAACAAUUGACUCAAGAAGGUUGUGUACAGAAAAUGGAACCUCCAUAUAAUGGUGAUCCACCUUUAAUAAUGCGAGCACAUGCAUUUUUGGAACGACAUGGCUUCAUUAAUUAUGGCAUCUAUGAAAGAAUAACACCUAUUCCUUCACCUCCAAAAGGAAAACAGAGACCAAAAGUCAUUAUAAUUGGUGCAGGUGUGUCAGGUUUAGCCGCAGCAAGACAACUACAAUCCUUUGGUUGUGAAGUUGUAAUAUUGGAAGGCAGGGAUCGUGUUGGAGGUAGAAUUGUUACAUAUAGAAAAGGACCAUAUGUUGCUGAUUUAGGAGCAAUGGUGGUAACAGGCUUAGGUGGUAAUCCAGUAACAACAUUAUCUGUGCAAAUGAAUAUAGAAUUGCAUAAAAUAAAACAAAAAUGCCCCUUAUAUGAAUCAAAUGGUAUUCAAGUACCGAAGCAUAAGGAUGAAAUGGUGGAGCGCGAGUUCAACCGUCUUUUGGACGCGACGUCGUACUUGUCGCAUCAAGUGGACUUCAACUACUACGACGACACGCCCGUGUCGCUCGGACAGGCGCUCGAGUGGGUCAUCAAACUGCAGCAGAAGAAUGUUAAACACAAACAGAUACAACAUUUAAAAGCUGUUAUAACUCUCCAAGAAAAGUUAAAAGGCAAUAUAAAUAAAAUGAGUGAUAUCAAAGAGUUAUUGAAAUCAAUGAAAACGGAGAAGGAGAAGUUGUCGAGAGAGCGCGAGGAGGCGCGGGGCGGGGCCGGGGGCGUGCUGCAUGAGUUCAACUGGCGACGACUGAACAGGGAGAUGAAUCAGCUCUGCAACGAGUACGAUACGCUCAUCACUGCAAACAACACUAUUGAAGAUAAACUCACUCAUUUAGAAUCUAAUCCCCCAAGCUCGGUGUACCUGUCGGUGCGCGACCGCCAGAUCCUGGACUGGCACUUCGCCAACCUGGAGUUCGCGAACGCGACGCCGCUCGCCAACCUCUCCCUCAAGCACUGGGACCAGGACGACGACUUCGAGUUCACCGGCAACCAUCUCACAGUGCGCAAUGGCUAUUCGUGCGUGCCGAUUGCAUUAUCCGAGGGCCUGGACAUCCGACUGGGGACCUCAGUUACUGAUAUUGAAUACGGCGGCCCGGGGGUUACUGUAAAAGCGGUCAGUCACAGAAACCCAAAUCAACCCCAAACUUUCAAAGGUGAUGUGGUGCUGUGCACUUUGCCGCUGGGAGUACUCAAAGUUGCGGUCGCCAACAACGGACAGAACCAACAGAACUUUGUUAAAUUUGAUCCGCCUCUGCCCGACUGGAAGGUGGCUGCUAUCAAGCGUCUCGGCUACGGGAACCUGAACAAAGUGGUGCUCUGCUUUGAGAGAACAUUUUGGGACCCAAGCGCCAACCUUUUUGGUCACGUCGGCACGACCACCGCAAGCAGAGGUGAGCUGUUCCUGUUCUGGAACUUGUACAGCGCGCCGGUGUUGCUGGCGCUGGUGGCGGGCGAGGCUGCCGCGGUGAUGGAGAACGUCACCGAUGACGUCAUCGUCGGCCGCUGCAUCGCCGUGCUCAAGAGCAUCUUCGGCCACGCCGCCGUGCCCCAGCCCAAGGAAUGUGUUGUCACCAGAUGGCGCGCGGACCCGUUCGCCCGCGGCUCGUACAGCUUUGUGGCGGUGGGCUCCUCGGGCACGGACUACGACCUGCUGGCCGCGCCCGUGUCCGGCGCGCCCGCCGCCACCACGCCCGCUGACAACAGGCUCUUCUUUGCUGGCGAGCACACGAUGCGCAACUACCCCGCGACGGUGCACGGCGCGUUCCUGUCGGGGCUGCGCGAGGCGGGCCGUCUGGCGGAUCUGCUGCUGCCGCACGUGUCCAUACCCUCGCACAUCUAGUUCUCUCUAGCCCUCCUAGUUCUCCUUGAUCUCCUUACUCUUCUAGCUUUCCUAGCACUCCUAUCUCUACACCUGGUUAACAAGAUACCAGUUGAGUAACAUGGAGACACCACACAACCGCCGACAGUGCGAUUUCCUUGCGGUACCAAUGUAUGUGUUUUUACGCUUUGUACUUAAUUAAUGUUAAUUUUAAAUUCACAGUGGACUUCCACUAUUAUGGUAUUCUUUUUGGAAUGGUAAUUUUGUGAAUGUUGAAAUAGAGUGUGGUGAAAUUGUUUUAAGGAUAGCAAUAAUGUAUAUAAGUGAUAGUGUAUUUUCCAAAAUACUUCGUUAACGCAUCACAAACGCACCGUACGUGUGGCAUCUCUUUAUUAGUUAGGUUAAAUGUUUUUAUAAUCCUAUAACUUUCUAGGUUAGUGAAUGUGGUUAGUGCUUUUAGUGUUAAUUUAGUUAAUAUUAUGAUAUAAGUAAAUUUACCAUUCUCCUAAUGCUACUAAAUUUGUAUGAAUGUCAUUGAUUUAUGCAUUAUACUUAUGAAAUUAUUUUGUUUUAAAUAAUUUAGUGGUUUAUCUAAUUAGGGUGGUCAGUAUAUCGAGGUGUGGUUGAGUUGGAGCCUGACUGCGCGGCGCCGAUACGCUCGUGCGCCGUCUUAUAAAUGAUUUGUGCACUUGAUUAUUACACUGAGUCUUAAUUACUUAAGCCUUCACUUAGUGUAGAUUUAAUGUGACAAAUAUAUGAGGUCUCUUCUCGACCAACUCGACAUAUAUUUUUUCUUUUAGAACCAGUAAUGACGGAGGUCUUAAAAAUUUUCAGUAAAUAUUUUCAUGACAUAGUUUAGUAUUUUUAAGCCGUGUGUUAUUUUAUUAGUUAAAUUUUUUGUGCUUGA